AUAAAACUGACUUGAGGAGCUUUUAUCUCACUGUCUUUUUGUACCUACAUUUCCUUGGCUCUGAUCCACUAGAGAAGAUGCAGUGCACACGGGUUUGCCAAACUGAGCUUUGACAAAGGAGGAAACUGAAUGGAUCAGCGAUGGUCUCGCGCGCUUCCUGCGUCUCCAUGACAACCGCAGCCCUCUCGAGGCGCCAUGUUGAAUCUCGCGGACUCGCGAGAAAAGUAGGGCGGCCUCCAUCUCUUUCCCCUCCCAGUCGUUACUAUGGAGACCAAGCGACGCCGGGCCUGCGCGCUCUGAGAGCGCUCGGGAGGAUUUGGCUUGCCCGGCGGUGCUCAGCUAAUUUGCUGUGGCGCAAAACCAGUUGGCAGCACAAAGGGAUCAGCAACAUGCCCUUGGUGGGUGUUUCACGUGUUGUUCCCAGUAGGAAAAUCUACAGACAGAUCUUUGAUGAUGAGAUAAACCUAGUCCGUACCCUUGGGGAGGUGAGAAGCAAGAUCGCUAAGCACACAGUCCCACAGCUUCCAGGAAGGAUCCCAUUGGUGAAGGACUUGGAAACAUGUUCAGGCAAUGGGUUUUUAUCGCAUCGCCAGCGGACAUGGGUGGAGGGAAUGCCCAACGACGACCACACUGAAAAUCCAGUGCAAUACAAGGAGGCUAUGACCCAGGCCCUCCUAAAGGCCCAGGAAAGCACCAGCGUGGUCGCAGCACGGGAAGUCAGAGGCCUGGCCGAAGUCAUCAUUCCCGAGAAGAAAAACAGCAACAUCACUGACCGUAUCUCAGAGAGGAGAAAGUUCCGUUAUGAAGAAACAGUGCUGGCGCUAAGGCAGGAGCUGGCCCGAGUCGGAAGGGAGAUGGAGUUGAGCUUUCUGGAGCCUGGGAAGGCAUUUUUGGCCAGGCUCUCAGAAUCUGAUCGAACCAUUGAGUGUCUUUUUCAAUCAGCUGAACGCAGCUCCAGUCCUGAGACUCACACCAUACAGCAGCACUUUGAAGACAUGUGGGAGUUUGUCUCCCAGGAGACCUUAAAAAGGAGGCAGUGGAUCAGAGACCUGGAUGAAGCCUUACGUAAGGCAGAGGCAGAUCGAACUGAACGGAUCAAAGCCGUGCUUAGCAAAUACACCAAGAUUCUGGAAGACAUUGCCUACUUCUUAUCUGCUGAUGUCCAUCGGUUCAUGCACAAAGAAGCCAUGAUGAUAAACCAGGCCUUGCUGGCCAAUCGGAGAGCCAUAGCCAGGUUGUUUAUCAAUCUGAUGGAGAUGGACAUGAAGAGGAACGUCUUCCAUCGGUGCAAACUUGAGGAGAGAAUAAAGAACUGGAAAGCUUUGCAGAAGGAGUACAUUAUUUCCAGUUUCAGAGAGUUCAUGGAAAGUGAAAGGAUACAGAAGCCGAGCACUGUGAAGGCAGAACUGGAGGACAUGCUGGAAGGCCAGUUGUUGCUCACCCAGAAGAGGACAGCGCUUCUGUAUUCCUUGGGCUCUUUGUUGCCUUUGACACAUUCUAAGGCCGAGGUAAAUGAAUGGUACGAAUCCGUUGUGACAUUAAAUAAACGUAUAGAUACCCACAAUGUGCAAUACAUGAUGAGAAUUCGUAUCCAGUAUGAGAAAGUUUGCCAGGAGUGUCUGUCAAAAGUACAAGAGUUCAAGCAAAGAUUGUUGGAUAUGAAAAUCUGUACAGAAAAAGAAGCAGAGAACAUGGUGAAUCCCAAUUUAUUUCAGUUGGUUGGGAAGCUGCAGAGUCGGUUUGAGCACGAGAUGGAGAAGAUGGAUAAAGAGUUGGAGCAGCUGGCCAAACACACAGAAAUCAACUGCAGGCACCUGUGCCAGUACUUCCAGGAUGCUCUUGUCCUCUUGGACACUCACCAGCAAGGCCUCUCUCAUCAGGAAAAUGACCUUCAGAAUAAAUUGAAUGAUUGCCGGAACAAACACGAGCACCUGAACAAGUUAAGGGAAGUUCACCUGGAUAUAUCCAUUGACAAGCUGAGGGUCCAAAGCACUGAUGAGAAGCUGAAAUCCCAGUUGGAGAAGGUUUAUGCUGCUCUGGACUUCAUCCGAGCCGGGUAUGCUGUCUUCUAUCAAGACCUCUUGUCUAAAGUAACAGCUUACCCAGACUAUAUUUUGCGUGAACUGAUUUCCUACAGUACCUCCCUCAGCCGCUAUUUUUAUGUGAAGGACAUCUAUAAAGGUAGUCCAUUAAAAACGGCUGAGGACUCAGUUGAAGAGGAAGAAACGACUGAGGAGGCAGAAGACAUCACAGAAAUGGAGGAGACCUUGCAGGAUUCACCCGAACAUGUGCAUGAAGAAGAAACAGAGCAUCCAGAAGAGGAGGAGGAGGAGAAGGUUGAAGAAGAAAAUGCAGGGGAGUCUGAGAAACUGGGGAAAACCGAAAGUUCUGCUCCUGACAGUGACGGAUUGGGCAUCCCGGAAGGCAGGGCCAGUUUCUUCCUAGAAAGUGAUGAUGUAGAGAAAUCCGAGGAUGGGAGCAUUCCCAUGCAGGAAGGCAGAGACAUUCAUGAAGCUGAAGAUGCCACAGAACCAGCAUUGGUGACGGUCUCUGCCUCACACUUAAAGCCAAAAGCGGUGGCACUGGAGUUCUUCACCACUUCCAGUGGCAAUACUUACAGGGUGGCUCAGCGUUCAAAAAAGUCCAAGGUCAAACCCUCGGAGAAAUACUACAUUGGAAGACUGAAACUCAAGGCCCUGCCUCCCUACUUGGAGCAGGUGUACCUCUCAGAAAAUUUCCUUACGGAUGCAAGAAGACAAAUUCGCCUGCAGUUCUUCGAGCACCUGGAGAAUUGGUUUGCGCAGUCGCUGUCCAACGCCUCGGCCAUUGUGGCAGCCAAGAAGGAAGAGCUCAGCUCAGAGCUGCAGCUGCGCAUUCACCUGCACGAGCCGAGGCGAGAGCGCAUUGAGAAGGACGUUUACCACGUCCGAAUGGCGGAACUGCGGCUUCAUAACGAGCGCUUGGCACGGCACUGCGCUGGCCUGGUGGAAGCUCUGAAUGCAGAGAAAGCUGCCUUCUUCAAGCUUCGGCAUGACCAGAACAAAGUCAGCAAGACCUUCCGUCACAAAAUCCAAGACAUGGAGAACAUGUUCCUGGUGGAGGGCAGGGCAGAAAAGUUGGUGACGCUCAGCAACAAUCUGCACUCGGAGCUGAUCAAUCACAUGGAAGUGCUGCAGGUUUCCCUAAGGAGUUACCGGCAGUACCUGGAAGAAAUGCUAGGAAAGCUGCGGGAAGCGAACACGGACUUUCUAAAAUCGUGCAAAUUAUUUGCGAAUGGAGGCAACUUUUCUCCGGAGGAACUGGAUGUCUUCCUGAAGCGUCUGCAGAAGGAGAGCGGGCGCAUUGACUUUGUGGAAGGCUUGAUCAUGAUCGACAUGGAAAAAAUGGAGUCCAGUUAUUUGGAGCAGGCUACAGAGGUUAUCAACAAGUUUGAAAAUAGGUUCCGUUUCCUGGCAAUGGAUCGGGUCUUCAUGGAGAAAAUCCAGCGGUUUUUGACGAAUAUUCAAGUGAAAAUCAAGUCAGAGGUGGCAAAAUCAAAUUUACAGACCCAGACGUUAAACUCCCAGCUCGAGAAGCUCACUGGGAAGAUCGAUGCUUGUGCCCAUCCCAACGUGGAUAAGGAAUCCAUUACUCCAGAGUUGCUCUACAAGUUUGCCCAGUUCCUGACGGAAGAAUUGAAGAAGAGGAGCAAGUAUCUCAAUUGCCUGUUGGUGAAUCUGGAGGUAAAUUCCUCUGUGCAUGACCAUACCGCCCAGGGCUCCCUCACAGCUUCCAUCCAGUCCGACAGCAUGAUGGAGAGCAAGACAGUUGUGAUGGGUGUGGAGUGCACCCCUCUGAUGAAUCCGUGCAGGAUGGGGAAGCCCUUCGCUGACGAUGCAGCAGUCAGCAUGAUCAAGCAGCUUGCUGGGAUUCAGCGCGUCAGAAGGAUGACAGAGGCACAGAUUGAAAGAGGACGCCUGAUGUCAGGCACAGGAGAAGUUGGAGCGCCUAAUCCAGUUCAGACAUCCCCCGGUGGGCGUGUCCAUGCUGACAGCAGCCCUGGCAGUCCAAACGUCAAUGUCUUACCUGUGAAAAAAACUAGUUCCAUUAGCAAACGAGUGUCAGGAAGUGUGACCUCAAUCCAGAAAUAUACCAGGCAGACGCGGGUGGACAGGAAGGUGCUGAUCUUUGGGGAGAGGCCAAAAGAAAACAGUAAUGAGCAUUUUAAAGGGAUUAUCUUCAGUAUCGUGUGGGACAACUUUGAUAAUCUAAUGGGCACUGCAGAGGAGUUUUACAAAAAGGAUAAGCAUCAGAUCACUAGGCCAGAAUUCCUGCAAGAUACCUACGACCAGUGCCUUGACGUGAUGGGCCAGAAGCUCACGUCCUACCUGCUCCAAGCAGAUGAGUACCACAUCGCCUGCAUCUCUGAGUUCCGGGAUCAACUGAAGAUAUUUGAGGAGCAGCUUCCACACAUCACCCAGCUGGUUAUUGACACACAUCUGAAAGAUCACGAGCAGCUUCUCAGGGAGUCUACAGAUCAGAUCCGGCACCAUCUACAAGACCAGCUGCAAAAAUGGGACAUUGCAAAGGACCAGAACAAGGCGAAGCUGUGCCCAAGCUUGGGCCACCCUCACAACCUGCCUCAGCUGGAGGCCUUGUGCCAGGAGGAGGUGAAAAGACAGAGUGAACAAGCAGAGGGGAUUCAUCUCUGCACCAAGGAACUGGAGAGCUGUGUCAUCGAGUGCGCCCAGGGGUUUGUCUCCACUCUGGCUGACGCCACUGAAAAGAUCCUUGUGGGGCUGGACAACUGCCUCACUGUUGACGACGUGCAACAAGGAAAAAUUGAGCAUCCCAGAGAGAAGGUCAGCACUCUGAUCCGUCGUAAAAAAGCCGGCCUGUCCUUAGAAGCAGAGGAAUGCAAGCUGGUGGCAGAGCGGGGAAGCAGGACCUGGCCUGGGCUCCCAAGAACCACCCUGCUGGCUCUCCCUAGUCAGAUUAUCUGCCGAGAAACUGCUUCUGUGACAACAGCCAAAACCACCUUGGGGCAUGUGGCCGCCGUGGAAGAGAGAGACGUGGCUUACGUGAAAUUCAAGCAACUGCUUGAGGCAGAAUUUACCAGAAUUAAGGAGGAGAAGACCGCCCAACUCAUGAAGGCCCAGCACUGGGCGGACUGGUGGAAGAAGUCUGUGCAGAUAAUCAAGCAGCUGUAUGCAUGAGUCCAACACUGUGCUGCAUUUUGAUUCCAAGAAGAACAAAUGUAGUGUUUAAGAAAUAAAGUUGUAGUAUGCUUUCA